AUGCCGAUAGCUUAUCAUGACUCAUCUUCAGACUCCGACUAUGGAGGUGCUGGGCGAGUUAGGAAGCAAGGAGAUCCGAAACGCUUUGUUCAGCAUACUAAAAAUCGCACUCGAGUCACCAUUCAAAGUGCACGUGUGGAACAUCAUGCUCGAGACCCAGUCAUCUCACAUACGCGCCGAUCUCAGUAUUCUCGGCAAUUUGACCAACACUCAGGUAUUCCUGACUCAGGCACUCAUCGCCCAGCCUUUAUCCCAGUGUUUCCACGAGAACAGCUCGAAGAGCGGAGAAAAAUACCCCCUGCCCAACCCAUGGCUUCUGGUGUCCAACCCAUGGCUCCCCCUGUCCACAACAUGCCUCCCCCUGUCCAACACAUGCCUCUCCCUGUCAUCCACUCAGCGCCCGCACAGCGGAUAGGAAGACACCAUAGCCUAGGCCCUUUGAAGCCGGCAAGGGAUUAUGAAGAUUUGGACUACGGGGAGAGUGUCAUGCGGCGCGGCGUAGUAGCUCCGAUACAAAUUUUAGAUGAUUUUGAGGGGCCGAAGCGAUACGGGGAAAGUGAUUCAGAGCCAGGCUCUGAGUAUAGUUUACCUGUUAGACUUCACUUUGGUCACAAUGACAUUCCCUCUCCACCGACAUCAGUACCCGCACCACAGCUUGGCUUUUCGGGACAGGCAUCUCUGGGUAAAAGCUCAUACUACCAGACGGUCAUCAGCCAAGUCCUCCAUUCUAGAUAUGCUGAAAACGGUAUAGAGGAAGAGUCUUGGGGAGAACUGACAAUCCAACCAAUAGACCAUCGAUACCCAGCAAACUCAUCUGUGGAUCUGUUUAGAUGGGUCCACCUUCACAACGAAGUGAUGCACUUCGGCUCUUUCUUAGACACUGUCUCAGCAUAUCUAGAAGAUGCCGGGAAGGAUAAAAACGACACCAAGAUGAUGCUAGAGAGAGUACGAAGACAAGCAGAGAAGCCCCUUUCUCAUCUCAGUGGGAAAUAUCUUGAUCCGGUGCUGAUACAAGAUACAUUUUUUCCGAAAAAUGGUCCAAGCGGAAAGUCCAGUCAUAACAUUCUUUUCCUCUGCUUGCCGUUCUUUUCACUAGAAGUGUAUUCGCCUAGCGUACUUCCAGAAAAGUCCUUUGCUCAUCCACUCAGAUCCCUCUUACAGAGUCCUUAUUCCUCAAUAGCAAAAGGGCGUGAUUUGAAACAAGCAGUCUACCUGAUCUUCACGUGCGCUCGACAUCCUACAUCCGUUCUGUUAGGGAAUAGGCUGAAGAUGACAAAGUUGCCUCUUGCGUCUCCGAAUCAUCAAAAUGUGAUACAGGUUUCAGAUGAUGCCGGAACGGUCUGGUUGUUGGAUCCGUCUGAAUGUAAGAUGUGGUUUGCAUUUACUUCUGCCUUCGAAGAAUUGAGCUCAGAAUUCGAAACCGAAUAUGACAUACUGCUCCAUGGAACAAGGAUUGAAAGUAGGGACUGGCCCAGGGUUCUGAGAGAAGCUGAAGGGGGCAUUGUACGGCUGGUGAUUCGCCAAAAACGCCGCUCAUAUCGCAAUGAUACUCUCACUUCGACUUCCAGUAAAGACGGAGUUCUCAAUGACUCAUCUGACAAAAAUGCAGGCGGCAACAACGAGGAUGCUAAUGUACUGAUGACAUCAGGCAGUGAUUCCGGAUCUAGGUGUAAACCCCCAGUUGGCUCACAUUCUAGUGGAUCAGAUCUCCGAAGCCCUGUGACACAACAUCUACGUUGUAUUGUACUUGACAAAGAGAUUUUUACCAACUCGAGAGGGUUAUACUUAGACAGACCUGAUGGCUGGUUUUUUGAGUUCGAUUAUACUGAUGGGCAAUUGGUGGAUGCUGUAGAGAGCAUCUGGGAGCUUACAGAACCGCCUUUAUGGCAGCGGAUUAUAGAUACUCCUCAUUUUGUCAGGGAUUUUGAAAUUGUUGACCAAGAAGGACACAGAGGAGUCAUGUUUCAGCUGGACUCCAAAGCCGAUGCCGACCAAGAGAUUGUUCUUACAGGUGCACAGGUCACCGAAACACUCCGGAUUGGAAGGCGCUGUUGGUGUGACAGUUUCAUCAGACCAACUACUUCAGUCAUCUACUUCCGGAGAAAUACCCCUGCGGGGCCAUUAUAUGAGCAGGAAUUUGACUUUCGUGAUACUGGUCUCGACAAGCAGCCAUUGAACAUGGUCUACUACCCAGUCUAUUUGUCUGGUGCUACAACGUGUGAACUCAAGAAGGAAGCUGCUGUAUGGGUCGAUCCUGCAACGCGAAAAGUCACAGCUCACAUGGAAAAUCAUCGAAAGUCUGCCAAGCUCAAGGCGUCUCGCAAACGAAAUUGCCACGUCGAUCACAACGUAAAAGACUCAAGCAUUGACAUAACCACAGGACGGGCCUUUGGUGAAGCUGUUCGAAGUGUUCUCGCGGGAAAGAAAAUUGGGAAGAAAGCACGCAGAGGCACAUUCAGGCAGAUUGACCCAACAAAAACAGGGGUUCAAGAAACAGGUGUUGCCAAAGCAGCCAAUUAUCAUGCAAGUCGAGUGCAUGGCGAUCAAGCAUCCGAUGAGCUGUGCUCUCCAAGAACACCGGAGUCAAAACCCUGUCCAUUGUUAUCCGAAGGACGUAGAGCGAAAACAAUCAGAACGCAAUCUCAAUCCUUCAUAUUGCUUCCGUGGCUAGCGGGCGUAACGAACCACCAAGAUAUUCGGGCGGGGUCUGCUGAUAAAGGUGGUCAGACCGCAGUAGAAACAAUUGAUGCUGGGAAAGCAUACUCAGAUUCAGAUCACCUGGUCAACGUCAACAGACUCGAUGAGAUUCUGGCCGAUACGGACGAGUUCUUAAUGAAAAAGGCAAAAAAUGACGAACGUAAACUUUAUGGUCGGUGCCCAACGGCUGACCUGAAGUCUUUGGACGAUUCUAUUUGGGAAGCCAGGAUUAAAAGUCGCAAUCAGUCCCUGGAUGGACUUCGAGAUUGCAUCAAAUUUGUGCAAAAGACUAAGAAAUUGCUACGAUUUUUCGUUGACAUAGACUGCGGUGCUUGCAGUGUACAAAAAUGUCUCGGGGGUCUUCAACUUAUUGUUGAAGUUUGCGGGCCGAAUCAUUUAUUCAGCAGCCAGCUGCUCUCAUCUUUCCUUGGCCUUGAGAAGACUGUCAAGAAAUUACGUGACAGACUUACUGGUGAGAAUGGUCCCUUGGACUUGCCUGCGAAUAUCCGUCAAGUCUCGGCGCAAGAUUUUCUGCGCGCAUGGGUCAAUUUCAUCAUGGCCGUCGUCCACAUAGCAGACAUAGCAAACUGUCACAGGUCAGACGGUCGAGGCAUUAUUGUUGCGGAUUCAGGUGUACAGAUAUUGAGAAGCAGGUCCCUUUUGGAAGCUGGAUUACUAUCAAUGCGUCAAAGCAUGCAUUCAAGCGUUCUGGCCGAGAAAGUGGCAGUCAUGCCUCUCGGAAUGAUCUCGCUCAUCGUCGCUCGGGUGUUGACGGACUUGACUGACGACCGUCCUGACAUUCUUUCAACAUAUUCGACUUACCUGGAGCGACUUGAACUGGACAUUCACUCGGACCCCCUGAACCGAGCACACCAGGAGAAGAUAAGUCAUCUUACCCAAGAAAUAAGAGCUAUUAUUGCUGUUCUUAACGAUCAACUAAAUGUGCUGAACGGUAUCGAUUGUAGCAUGCAACAAGACCUAAAUCCAAACGCAGAAUCAGUUACCCGGCGCAAACGAAGCCAGCAAGCACCUCAGUCAGCAAACAUACGCAUGAUCGAAUCCAACAAAGAUCGACAAGAGUCCGCGAUCCUCGCAUUCACAAUCGUCACGAUCAUCUUUCUUCCCCUAUCAUUCGUGGCUUCCUUCUUCGGCAUGAACACAGCCGACGUACGAGACAUGACUCAGUCUCAAUGGGUAUACUGGGCCGCUGCUGUCCCAGUUACUGCCCUCGUUAUUGGCCUCACACUCCUCUGGGCUGGAGAGGUUAAUCUGGCACGUUCUGCUUUUCGUCGACUGUUAGAGAAAGUGAAGAGUUUCUUUGGCGGUCGAGCCUCCUUCGCAUGA